AUGGGGGGGUCGGGCAGUCGCCUGCCUAAGGAGCAGCUUGUCGAGUACCAGGACUUGACGUUCCUGACCAAGCAGGAGAUCCUCCUAGCCCACAAGCGGUUUUGUGAGCUGCUUCCCCAGGAUCAUCCUAGUGUGGACGACUCAAUGCGGGCACGAGUGCCCUUCCAACAGAUCCUCAGCCUUCCAGAACUCAAGGCCAACCCCUUCAAGGAGCGAAUCUGUAGGGUCUUCUCUACAUCUCCAACCAGAGACACCCUGAGCUUUGAAGACUUCCUGGACCUCCUCAGUGUUUUUAGCGACACAGCAACUCCAGACAUUAAGUCCCAUUAUGCCUUCCGCAUCUUUGACUUUGAUGACGAUGGAACCUUGAACAGAGAAGACCUGAGCCAGCUUGUGAAUUGCCUCACUGGAGAGGGAGAGGACACACGGCUCAGUGCCUCAGAAAUGAAGCAGCUUGUUGACAAUAUCCUGGAAGAGUCCGACAUCGAUAGGGAUGGGACCAUCAAUCUUUCUGAGUUCCAGCAUGUCAUCUCCCGCUCACCGGACUUCGCCAGUUCCUUUAAGAUUGUCCUGUAA